AGAUGCAUGUAUGUUUGAAGUACAGCAAAGGCAAGGCGUACCGGAGCAGUGCUCCUCCUGAAAGCCGUGCUGACAAUUGGCUGCCUCCUCGUGAGGCUUACUGGUGAAGCAAGGUUGGUUGGGUGUCAUCGAGUGGGGAAGUGGGCAGCUCCCCUUGGCCACCCAAUCCGGUAAAGGAUCUAGUAUAAGACGGCCACCUCUCCCGGAUGAAGAGAGAGUUGGAAGGACCGGAGAGCGGGUGCAGGUUUGCUGCCAUGAGAUGCUACUCUACUGAAGCAUCAGCAAGGAUUUCUAGCGGCAGGGGAAGCUCAAACAAGGGGUGUGGCUGGGAGAGAUGUUAAGGAGAUGGGCAAGAAGGGAAGCAGCUGGAUCACUGCACUCAAGAAGGCCUUCACCACAAACCCCAAGGACAAGCCAACAAAUGAUUUUCGGGAAGAUAACUGGGCGGUGAGAUGUAUUCAUGGCAGGUGCAGCUGGUAGCGCAGUACCCGCAGCCGCCGCCGCCGCAGCCGCCGCAGCAGUACCGGGAGAGCGCGAGGGACAAGAAGCGAUGGGGGUUCGGGCGGUCGCGGCAGCACGCCGACCCGGCGCCGCUGAUGAGCAUCCCGCUGUACCGGCAGCCGAGCAGCAUCGAGAAGAUCCUGGGCGACGCCGAGAUGGAGCGGCAGUACUACGCCAGGCCGCCGGCGCAGUACCAGAUCGCCCCCGCCAAGCCCACCACCGCCACCGUCGCCGCCACGGCGCCGACCACGCCCGCGGCGCGCGAGCGCGAGCGGGAGUGGGGGCGUGAGCGCGAGCGGGAGCGGGAGCGCGAUGGCGGCGGCGACAAGCAGCAGCAGCACGCGGCGAUGCUCCAGCUGCCUGCGCCGCCGUCCUCGCCGCCGCCGCUCAUCCGGCGGUUCGACCACGACAGGGAGCAGCAGCAGAGGCUGCAGCGGCUGCAGCAGGGCAGGGCGGAGAUGGCCGAGUGGCGGCAGCCGCAGCAGCAUACCAGAACACGGGCGAGGCAGCGGGCCGUGGCGCCGGAGCAGGCCCGCGCGGCGGCCGUGGCGAUCCAGGCCGCGUUCCGGGGCUACUCGGCGCGCCGGAGCUACCGGUCGCUGCGGGGCCUGAUCCGGCUGCAGGCGGUGGUGCGCGGGCCCAGCGUGCGGCGGCAGACGGCGCACGCGAUGCGGUGCAUGCAGACGCUGGUGCGCGUGCAGGCCCAGGUGCGCGCCAGCCGCGUGGAGGCCAUGGAGCGACGCAACGACCGCCACGGCGCCAUGCUCCGGGACGGCCGCCGCUGGCGCUCCGGCUCGCAGGACGGCGGCAUGUGGGACGACAGCCUGCUGAGCCGGGACGAGGCGGACGCGAGGACGAAGCGCAAGGCGGAGGCCGUGAUGAAGCGCGAGCGAGCCCUCGCCUACUCCUACUCCCACCAGGUGAUGAAGUCGACGCCGAUGGCGGCCCACGCGAUCCUGGCUGACCUCCAGUCGGGCCGGAACCCAUGGUGGUGGUCGCCCAUCGACCGCAGCAGCCACGAGCGCGAGUACCCCCGCCACGUCGAGCCAGCUGUCAGCCGGCCCAGGCCCACGCUCGCCGUCGCGCGCCGCGAGAUGAGCAUGAGCAUGAUGACGCCCAUGUCCACGGCCGGGCACCGCGAGAUGAACAUGAUGACGCCGAUCUCGACGACGGCCGCGCACCGCCAGAUGAACACGAUGACGCCGAUCUCGACGACGGCCGCGCACCGCCAGAUGAGCAUGGCGACGCCGAUGACGACGGCCGCGAACACGCCGGCGCGGUCGGUGGUGUCGGCCUACUACAAGCAGCCCAGCAACAAGCCCGCGCGGGGCGCACGAGGAGCGGCGCCGCCGUCGAGCCACGGCGGCGGCAGCGUCCGCGACGACGAGAGCCUGACGAGCUGCCCGGCGUUCGGCGUGCCCAACUACAUGACGCCGACCAUGUCGGCGUCCGCCAAGGCCCGGGCGCGCGCGCACCUGCUGCAGCAGCAGCUGGACAAGGAGCGGCGCGCGGCGGAGCAGAAGCCCAGGUUCUCGUUCGGGCUCGGGCAGAGCAUCGGGAGCUGGGCCAAGAGCCCGUUCUGGCGGGGCGGCGGCGGCGGCGGGGAGCAGUCGGCCGCGCCGUCGCGGGUGGGCACGCCGGCGGCGUCCACGGCGGGCGGGGGCGGCCGCCACAAGCACCGGCGGUCCGUCAGCGGGCUCAGCGUCGACUCCACCGUGUCCAUGCCGGCCGGCGUCGGCCGUCGGUCGUUCAAGUAGCUCGCGCGAUCUCCUUUCGAUCUUCUCCAUGAUACUUUGGUUGGUCUCUGCCCGGUGUAACAAUCUGUAUCGUGUGCUUGGUUUGGUGCGUGUCUCUCUCGAUCUUUGCAUGUCACAUUCGUUUGAUGAUAGCAGUGUGAUUCGUUGUGCUUGGUUUA